CUCACAAACAAGAAGUGGUCUCUGGACAAAAUGGGGAAUGGAUUAGUGAAGCCCAAGCAUCUGAGACGAGCAGACAGACAUGUGGCAAACCUCUCUAUUGGCUGUGGUGGCAAUCGUAAGUUUUUGAAGGAUCCAGGGCUAGGCAUCAGUGUGACGAGUGAGCAAGUUGAUAUUCUUUGCAGCAGGGUGCUUGAGCUGGAAAAGGAACUGAAGAGAAAAGAUCUAGAGUUGCAAGAGGGUCAAAGUCGUGUUGCUGAGCUUCAGGAACAGCUGGCUGUGCAGGCUAAGGUCAUAGCAGAACUCACCAAGGACCUUCAUAGCAAGUGUAUACAGUUGAACAAGCUGCAGGAUGUUGUUAGUACUCAAGGAGAGCACUCUCUUCAGCCUUCUCCUUUUAAAGCAGCUUCAAGGAUUCAAAUAUCUGCUGACAGGAGAAGAGGAGCCAAGGAAGGUGUAUCUGCAGAGCCAACGACACAGCUGUAUGAUUUGAACAGGCAAACUACGUUCUCCUUGGAAAAAGCAACAGUCCGAAAGGAUUCCAGUGAGAAGAAACUUAUCACAGAUGCCCUGAAUAAAAAUCAGUUCUUGAAGAGACUGGAGCCUCACCAGAUCCGAGAUAUGGUGGAAUGUAUGUAUGAAAGGACUUUCCAGCAAGGGAGCUAUGUCAUCAGACAGGGAGAGCCAGGCAAUCACAUUUAUGUGCUCAAAGAGGGCAGCCUGGAGGUCUUUCAGCAGGAUAAACUACUCUCCUCAAUACCCAUAUGGACGGCAUUUGGUGAACUAGCCAUUUUAUACAACUGCACACGGACAGCCUCUGUGAAAGCAAUCACCAGUGUUAAAACAUGGGCAUUGGACAGGGAAGUGUUUCAAAAUAUCAUGAGAGUGACAGCACAAACAAGACAAGAACAAUACAGAAACUUCCUUAGAAGUGUGUCCUUGCUGAAAAACUUGCCUGAGGAGAAGUUGACCAAGAUCAUAGACUGCCUGGAGGUGGAGUACUAUGACAAGGGAGAUUAUGUUAUUCGGGAAGGAGAAGAAGGCAAUACCUUCUUCAUAAUAGCAAAAGGAAAGGUAAUAGUUACCCAGAGUACUCCAGAUCACUCGCAGCCUCAGCUGAUUAAAAAUCUCCAUAAAGGAGAUUACUUUGGAGAAAAGGCUCUGAUUAGUGAUGAUGUCAGAUCAGCAAAUGUUAUUGCAGAUGAAUACAAUGUGGAGUGCCUCGUUAUAGAUAGAGAGACAUUUAAUCAAACUGUUGGAACCUACGAGGAGCUCCAAACUUAUCUGGAAGGUUAUGUGGCUAAUCUGACCCGUGCUGAUGAAAAGCGACAUGCAAAAGGAAGAUCCUUCUGUGGACAGCUGGCCAAAGACGUGUCUUUGGAGAUGAUAGAGCUGAAGGAAAAAGUAGCCCAGUUCCCUCCUUCCCCAUUCCAGAAUUUAGAAGUUAUCACAACUCUGGGUGUUGGUGGGUUCGGAAGGGUUGAGCUUGUUAAAGUGAAAAAUGAGAACAUGGCUUUUGCUAUGAAGCGUAUAAAGAAGAAACACGUAGUGGACACCAAACAACAAGAACAUAUCUAUUCUGAGAAGAAAAUCCUCGAGCAGAUAUGUUCUCCAUUUAUUGUAAAACUAUAUCGCACAUUCAAAGAUAGUAAGUAUGUGUACAUGCUACUGGAGGCUUGCCUUGGAGGGGAAUUGUGGAGCUUGCUGAGAGACAGAGGCAGCUUUGAUGAAGCCACUACGAAGUUCUGUGUUGGGUGUGUAACAGAGGCUUUUGACUAUCUCCAUCACAUAGGGAUUAUCUACAGGGACCUGAAGCCAGAAAAUUUAAUUUUGGAUGCUGAAGGAUAUAUAAAACUGGUUGAUUUUGGAUUUGCAAAGAAGAUUGGAUCAGGGCAGAAAACCUGGACGUUUUGUGGAACCCCUGAGUAUGUUGCCCCUGAAGUCAUUCUGAGUAAGGGCCAUGACUUCAGUGUGGAUUUUUGGUCCCUUGGGAUUCUUGUGUAUGAACUCCUUACUGGCAGCCCACCUUUCUCUGGGGCUGAUCAAAUGACGACAUAUAAUUUGAUUCUCAAAGGCAUUGAAAAGCUGGAUUUUCCUAAGGUAAUAACAAGGCGGCCUGAGGAUUUGAUCCGCAGACUCUGCAGGCAAAACCCUACAGAAAGAUUAGGCAACCUGAGGAAUGGAAUUAAUGACAUUAAGAAGCAUAGUUGUCUGGACCAACUGAUUACAGCUACUUUGACAGCUAUCCACCUGAAGAGGGAACCCCUCCAGAUGAACUUUCAGGCUGGGACAAGGAUUUCUGAUGUUUUCUUCUUCCAGGGUAUUUAUAGGGACUCAUAGGCUAAACCUGCUCUCUUGUUUUUUGCUUAAAAUGCAAUUACUCAAGAGUUGUGACAAACAAAAUAUUCCUUGAAGGCUAUAAAACCCUACAGCAGAACUCGGUUGGAUAGUGUAACAAAAUCCAUGUGCAUCUCUUUGUAACAAGGGCAUGCAUUCAGUCCGCAGUUGUAACCUGAAGGUUUUUUGAUACACAGUGUCUCUGUGAACAUUUUCAGACACUAUGGAUCAGAGGUAUGGUUUUGCCAUUGGAAAUAUCACUAGCUAAUAUUUUCAUAUUAACAAGGUUACUAUGUGUCUUUAUUUUGAAUGGAGAGGAUGAGUAUUGGAAGCAGAUAACUCUGUGGCAGUUGUCAGCAGCUGACAGCCAUGUAUUUUUCACUUUAUCUUACAUCUGCUGUGUGUUCCACUUUUUCCCAUAAUGGCCAAUAUUGCAUUGAUCCAGAAACAUGUUGAAAAGAGACUUCUACUGCAAGUUUGAUCUGGUCUGAUGCUGCAGCUUAAAGGGUGCAACUGUGGAAACUGCCUCUCAGUAUAGUUUUGCACCAGCUUGAAUGUAUGAGUAAGGUUAAAUGAAGAUACAGUGAGAAACAAAGUGUAUAUAUAUGACAGAAGUUUCCUGCAGAAGCAGACUGUGGUAUGUUUUUCCCUGGCUGCUUCAAAAAGCAAUGUCCAUUUCUUAUGACUUAUCCAAGCUGGGUGAUGGAGGAACUGCCAUAUGGGUUCCAUGGUUUGUUCAUUGGUUAGUUAGCUGUUACUGCUGGGUGGCCACUGCUUUGACAGAAAAUCAGUUUUUUUAUGUAACAUUCAGUCCAAAUAAAGGCAGUGGAAUAGUCUCAAUUUAAUUCAGUGAAGGUCGGAUUUAGCCCUGUUUUGUUUCCCUGCCUGGUUGUAAACUACUGUGGAAACUUGCAGUCAGCAAAACCAGUGCAAAAUGGUCAUCAGCAUACACAGUCAGAGGAGCAGAGGCUAUAAGCUGGGACUGCAGGUCCUUUAAACACUAGCAACUAACUGUUUAGCAAUACUAUGUUGUUUUCAGGAUUUAGACACACACUAGAUGUUAGGUAUGUGUGUUUCUCUGUCUUUCUCUCAUAAAUAUUUUCAUUAGAGGGAAAAUAAUAUAGUGUCAGUUUUAUAAAAAGCCUUUACAUUUAUUUUUCCAUUGAAUUUAUUAGGCAGCUUUCUUCUACAUAUAUGUAAAAUAGUUGUGUGUAUACAUGUAUUUCUUUUUUAAGUGAAGAAGUGGCCUUUUGUUAAGUUCGAUGCAGCUAGCAUUAAGUCUGUGCAGCUGCAGGGUGUGUUUUCUUUAUAAAGCUUGUUUAAUUUGCAGUGUGCACAGAAAAAAAAGGGAAGCUUACAGUGCAAAGGGCAGGACAUCAUUAAUUUUUUAGUCUUGUUCCAUACUACAGUCUGGAUUCUUAGCCCUGAAUUAUACUUCUUGUCCAUGCGGUUCUGAAGAGACUGAGGCAGAAAAGAUUACUCUGGAGAGAGAAUCACUGAUGUGAUUUCCUGCAGCAUGUACCCCAUUAUGUUCUCCCAGUGGAUGUUGAGAAAAUUAAUGUAUAAGAAGCUAUAAUAAAUGAGGUUGGGUUUUGUA